AAAGGGCAUAAAAGCACAAAUGUCCUUUGUAUUCUUUUGCUUUUAGCUGUUUUGCUGAAUCAAAAACUUGAAUUAGCUAUUUUGUAACUAAAAAAGAGAGGCAUAAUGGCACUCAUUACUCUGGGUCGAGUCUUUGUAAACUAUUUAACUAAUAUAACAGUGUAGCAGUUUUAAUAGCUAUUUGUAGUAUAAGAGUAAUAUUGAGAAUCUGAAUUGCACACAUAUUGUUAUUUGUUGUGGCUAUAUUUUGAUAAUGUCUGGUGUUUCCACAGAAAACAGGGCGGAAAAAAAGCCUGACCUCAUGUGGCCGGUUUCAUUCUGGGCCUAACACUGACAAUGACUGCAGACCAAAAUCAACAGAUUUCCAAGUGUCGCAAAUACGCUUAUAAGAAAAAUAAAAUCUAAAAUAAAGCGAUUCACAUAUUAACUGUAAAAUGUUUAAGCGGUGUCGUUUUUUACACAUACAAGAGCGUGAAGUUAAAGUAUUUAAUAGAUUUGUAGAAUACAAUUAUUUUAAUGUGUAUGUAUCAGCCAGUAGACUGUUAAUAAUUCCAAAUUCGGAAGCCAAAUGAAUCGAAAACAUUUUUAUUUAGAAAACAUUUCACAUAGCUUUUAUUUCAAUUAACAAGAUUAUUAACUGUGUAUAGAAUUAAGUUAGAUUAAGUUGAAUCGCAAAAAAUUGCAAAUUACAGAAAGAAAAAAUAAAUAAAUAAAAGAAUGGAAAUUACAAUAAAUUUACAAAACUUAGGUAGAUUGUGCUAUACAAUUACAUUUUCCAAAACAAAAACAAAAAAUUGCAGUAAAACGGAUAAAGCUAAAAACGUCUAAGCUUUCUCAUACAAUUUUAAGAGCUAAUAGAGUUGGUCAACAGUCACUCGUCUUUUCUGGUAUAUUCGACAGAGGUUUGAUGAGACUUUUUUCACAAGCGUAGUGUUGGUUUUAUGUAAUACCAGGAACUCAACUGCAGUUUUAUUAACGACACGUUUAUGAACAAUCAAAUGCACCUCGUAAAAAUUUAUAGAAGGACAUAAAAGCAUGCACGACCGCUUGACGAAUAUAGCCGCAUGCAGUUGUGGUGCGUUUUCAGGCGUCUUACUAUUCCCACCGCCCCGAUUUGUUUAAAACUCCAUUUUAUGAGGGAUAUCCCAAUUGUAUUUAUUUGAAACUCGUGGAAAAUAGGACUUUUGUGCGUAAAAGCAACCCUUUACACAGCACUAGAGCCGUGUAUUUGUCAAAAGUAUUCCAUUGGGUCCUUUCCAAUUAUAUAUAAUUAAUAGUGAAACAGUGAGAAAGAAAUAUACAUCUGUUUCUUUUUUUCUAAUUGUUUUAAUAAAUAACAUUGUGCAGUGAGGGAUGCGUACAAGGCUAGCCACAGCACAGUAGCAUUCUCUCGACAGAGAUUGAUUACACCAACAAAUAGUGCCCCUUUUAAGACCGUUAACACACAUACACUGCUGCUUCAUAAGACUACAAAUAACUGUUUACCUUAAUCAGUUGCAUCAUAAUGUAUUGGAAACACACCAUCCUCAUAUGUUUAGGCUCUGUUAAAAAAAUAACAUUAGUAUUAAGCAACCUACUGCAAGCUCGAAGUGCAUUGCUGUUCCAGGAGAACGCGCAUUGAUCUGCUGUGCAGUUUUUCAUGGGGUAAAUGCAAUCACGUGUUCCAUUGGCGUCCAAUCCCAGCUAGGGAAGCUUUCUGAAAUAAUUACCUGUCUUGAUUGUUCUACGGUCAGAUAAAAAAGUACACAUACACUCCAUAUAAUAAUCGGAUGCAUGUAAAAGAGAAGGGAAACAUCGCCAUGUCGGCUACGGGUCCCAUAAGUAAUUAUUAUGUGGAUUCCUUGAUCAACCAUGAGAGCGAGGAUGUUCUAGCGAGUCGUUUCACAGCCACUGGUCCGAUAUCCUCCAGCUCACGCCCGACGCAACUGGUCCCGGAAUGCGCGGAUUACCCGUCCUGCAGCUUUGCCCCGAAACCACCAGUCUUUACUACCUCAUGGGCCCCUGUUCACUCCCAGUCGUCAGUGGUUUACCAUCCAUACACUCACCAACCUCACCUAGGCACAGACUCAAGGUACGUUCGCUCUUGGCUGGAGCCUCUCCCCGGUACCGUGUCUUUUCCAGGAUACGCAGGGAAUAGCAGGCACUACGGGCUGAAGCCCGACACCUUCCAGGAUACCCGUACUGGAGACUCUUUGGGCUCGAACGGACGCACUUACACGGAUUAUCUCUACUGCUCCGCCGUCGACAUUCGGGAAAAGCAGCAAAACACACCGUCGCCUGAGACGGAGAGUCUGUCUUCCGGGAAGCACAAAGACGACAAGGCUGAAUUAGACCCGAAUAAUCCUGUGGCAAACUGGAUCCAUGCGCGCUCCACUCGAAAGAAGCGUUGUCCAUAUACCAAGUAUCAAACACUCGAACUCGAAAAGGAAUUUUUAUUCAAUAUGUACCUCACAAGAGACCGGCGAUAUGAGGUAGCAAGGGUGCUGAACCUGACGGAGCGACAAGUCAAAAUCUGGUUCCAGAACCGAAGGAUGAAGAUGAAGAAAAUGAACAAAGAAAAAAACGACAGUAAAGAACAAUAAACUAAAAGUCAUUCUUUGGAUACAGACUGAAGGAAAAUCGUAAUUUAGUAUCGAUAUGAGUCUUAACAUUUGCACCUCCAGCCCAUAACAGGAACAUAGAAAACGAAAAGGCUAUACUUAAUGGAUAUUAAGGAUAUUAAUUAAAACGUGAUGAUAUAAGUAUGAUUUAAUGUAAGUGUAAUUUUACCAUCCAGACUUAAAUCAUAUUAAUAUUAUACGUAGACCUAGUUUGGAUUUACAUAACAUUUAUUUACUCUCUCUCUCUCACACACACACACACACGCGCGCGCGCGCACACAAAGAGGACUCUGCAGAGAAGCUGCCUCGAAGUUUCAGAGAGAAAAUACUUGAACUACUUUAAAUUCAAAUUCCUAAUUUAUGCUCUCCAUGUGGUUGCUUCUUUUCUAUUCUUUCAUUAUUUUUAGGAGGUUUGAAAGUCGAGUAUUUCAUAAAGAAUAACAAUUAUGUAGUUACAAAAUAUACGUGUUUGCGUCGAUGUGCUUAGUUUGUUUCUGAUGUACCUGUUUGUGUAUUUUACAUUCUUUAAACUGUAAAUGAGUUUCAUCAUAGAUUGUAGAUAUAUCCAAAUAUAUACAACCGUGCUAAUAUGA